ACGAGCAGCGUCGCCUGACGCCAGUCUGUCCGAGAUUCAAGUAACGGAAAGAUCGGUUCCUCUGGUCCAGCACGGUCCGCGUUCGCAUCUCGUAUCCUUUUCCUUCUAAUGCGUGAUCCUCACGAUCUAUCUGUGGAUUGGAUCGCAUUACGCGGCCACCACGUGAUAAAGGAAUCGCUGCAUCAGUCGGGAAAGUGUGAAGUGCAUGAAAAAAGUGUUCUCGGUCCAGUGUUGUCGCGUGUGUCGUUCCGAGGCCAAUUCUGCCCAGAUUAAGAGGGUUACGUGUAUCUGUGCGAUAUAAUUCUCCUGUAAUUAGUCAUUGGAAAGAAGGAAAGGCAUUUUUUUCUAUAGCCUUCGUGAUUUUACUUUGAACUGAUUCAUUAACGUGAGCAUAAGCUGAACAGUGUAUGAAGUCACCUAUCGUUGUUAGUUCGUUGAGUAGGAUAUAAUCGAGCGACACGCAGUGUAACAGUGAUUCGAUGUGGAUUUUUUGUCGGUCUCGAAUGAUCGAUCGGAGUUCCUGUCUUUAGAUGGUGGCUCGUCGAAAUUCCUCGGAUUAUCGAUACGUUCGUAUUAGAUACUGAUUCUCUGGAAUAAUAACGUUUCAUUUUAUUCGAAAUUCUCUCGAAACGUAUCUACGCAAUUUUCUGGAAACGUUGUAUAUACGAGAAGCAAUAAAGAAAUGUCCGCGUAAUAACGGAAGAAGAAAAUUUGAAAAGCUUUGGUUCGUCCAAAGAGUAAAAAAGAAAAAGAAAAUAAAAAACAGUGGUAAAACGGUGGACGUAAUUCGACGGCAUCCGGUGCCUUCUUUUCUCUAUCCGCUCCGACGAGCCGGGUCGUAAGGAUGAAGCGAACCGGUAAACAUCGGAGCCAUGGCUUUCUCUUGGGCAUCAUUAGGGCGGGCGCUUUUUAUUUGUACCGCCAUAUUAAACAUGCUAUCAGAAACGAGAUCGUUUUUUUGUAACUUCGACGAUAUUUUCAAAAUGAUUCCAACCAUUCCUUGGGCUUUUUCAAAACGAUCAAUUUCACCUCUUCAAACUUGAUCCAAUCAUAUUUUUACAUCGAAAAAAUCGGAAUAUAAUAUGUUCAUCGAAAACAUCGUACGAAAAAUAACAAACAGAGAAGCAUACUGCGCAAUAUUUAUGUUUCAUAACGGUCGCUUGGGAAAUGUCUACGUCCGCAUGUUGACUACUCGCAGGAAGGUAAUCAGUGAGUUUUCCAAGAAAGGUGGAUAAACAUUGUUUUGAACGUAAAAAGGAACUUGGUUUACAUAGCAAACUCGUUCAACUCUCGCCGAUAAUAACAUCCAACGGUAUCUCUAGAAUUAUAAAGAUGACGUAAAUGUAUUCGUACGAGAAUUCGAGCGUCAUCGCGUUGAAACGGACCCUUCGGGCAGUCAUUUUGGAAUAUUGUGAAGCUCGUUUCGAGGCCGAUCGUCUACUGAUGCAUCCUGGACGCGCACCAGGUCCUCGUGGCGACGAGGUGGGCACGAUCGCGCGCGUUCCAGCCUCUGGGGGCGGGUAGAAGUGUUCAAAGGGGGAAAUGAAAUCUUUGAUCGGAUUCGAGUGAUCGCGAAAGGAAGCAGGCGUGGAGACGGGGUUUCAAGGGCGCGAACGAAGAUGACGUCGUCGAUCCUGGCGCUGCUCGGCCUAAUUCUGGCGACCGCCAGCGCCGAGCUAAGCUCAAGGAUCGUCAGGACAAAGUACGGGGAUCUAUCAGGCGUUAUCGUGACCCUCGAUCGGCACCUCGAGGGCGUCGAGGUGGCGUUCCGUACGCGUCGCCGCCGAUCGGCUCGUUGCGUUUCAUGCCUCCUGUGAGCAGCGCGUUGUGGCACGGCGUUAAAGUGGCGGACAAAUUCGGACCGGUCUGUCCCCAAAGGCUGCCCGAGCUCAGUGACAAAAUGCCGAAAGGAAGGGUCGAGUAUUUGAGGAGAUUGUUACCCUACCUAAGGAACCAGAGCGAGGAUUGCUUGUACUUAAACGUCUACGCACCGGUCCAAGCUGGCGCGAGGGACGGUGGAGGAAGGAGAUACCCGGUGAUCGUGUUCGUGCACGGAGAGAGCUAUGAAUGGAGCAGCGGCAACCCUUACGACGGCAGCGUAUUGGCGAGUUACGGGGGUGUCGUCGUCGUCACUAUAAAUUACAGACUCGGCAUUUUAGGCUUUCUAAACGCUAACACGGAUUCGCACUUACGCUCGCCGGCGAAUUACGGUCUGAUGGAUCAAAUCGCGGCGCUCCAUUGGGUGCAGGAGAACAUCGGCAACUUCGGCGGCGAUCCUAGGAACGUGACGUUGAUUGGACACGGUACAGGGGCGGCCUGCGUUAAUUUCUUGAUGACCAGCCACGCGGUGCCAGACGGUCUGUUGUUUCAUCGCAGCGUUCUAAUGUCUGGGAGCGCGCUUUCACCGUGGGCGCUCGUGAGAGGAGCCGCAAAUUACGCUCUGCAAGUUGCCAAACAUCUAAAUUGCUCGUGGGCCGCAAGUGAUUCUCAAGCGUUGCUCAGGUGUCUGAGAGAGGUGCCAUUGAACGCGCUGGUUUCCGUACCCGUGAAAGGAUUGGAAUUCGCCCCCGCCUUUGGACCCAGCGUGGACGGAGUUGUGAUUGAUCCAGGAGAUCCCGAGGAUCAGGACUUCACCCUGCAAGUGGACACGAUCAAUACGUUGAACAACAUUUUAUUGAGGAAGGACGUCGUAGCGAAACUCUCGAGGUACGAUUUGAUGAUUGGCGUGGUCCGGUCGGAGGCGUAUUUCGCUUUAACAGCGGACGACGCGCAAUACGGGAUCGAGGCGGAUAGAAGAACGAAAAUCCUGAGGGAAUUCGUGCGUAACACGUACACGUAUCAUCAAGCGGAGAUCUUGGCGACGAUAAUCAACGAGUACACCGACUGGGAACGGCCUGUGCAACAUCCGGUCAACAUAAAGGACGAAACCUUGGAAGCCUUAGGGGAUGCGAACACCGUGGCACCGGCUACGAGAACGGCGGAUCUUCACAGCCAAUCCCGUCGAAACUCGUAUUUGUACGUAUUCGACUAUCAGUCGAAGUUCGGCGACUAUCCUCAGAAACCAGGCUGCAUCCACGGGGAGGAUCUUCCAUAUUUUUUCGGGGCGCCGUUGGUAGGCGGCCUGUCUCAUUGGCCGAAGAACUACACGAGGGCGGAGAUGGCUCUAUCGGAGAGCGUGAUACUCUACCUGACGAAUUUCGCGCGCACAGGGAAUCCGAACGAGGGAACGCCGGACGUCGGACCGAUGAGACCCGAGAGAACGAAGUUGAAGAACAUCGAUUGGAUCGCUUACGAGACGGUGCACAAAAAGUAUCUGAGCAUAGAGCUCAAGUCGAAACUGAAGAACCACUACAGGGCGCACAGACUCUCGUUUUGGUUGAACCUGGUCCCCGACCUCCAUAAGCCUGGCUCCGACGACGUUCCUAGAUCGCAUCAUCUUCUCGACACUGAACAGGUGCCGCCCAGGUUCAUCCAGAGGGUGCCAACGACGACCAGGAUGACAACGGCGGAAGUGACCUUGGCCGAAAGAGCUCACAACUUCUCGACAGCGACACCCAGCGAGUUAACGUUCGAGGACUCGACGGUCCAGCCGGAGGACGGUUUCGCCGCUUACUCGACGGCCCUCAGCGUGACGAUAGCGAUCGGUUGCAGCCUGCUCAUUCUCAACGUGCUUAUUUUCGCCGGUGUCUAUUACCAACGCGACAAGAGCAACCAGCACAAUUGUUCCAAGAAACGUCAAGAGAACGGACAGAUGCCCAACAAUAUUUGCGGUGAUCUGGACACGAAGACGGCCGAGAGGCAUCACAUCCAACACAUCCCGCCCCCCGAAUUCGCCGAUCUUCAGAACAACACGUGCCACGUGCCCAUGCCACCCCCACCGCCCAAGAACACGAAGCCGGGCAAGCCGGGGCAGAAUCUCAUCAUAAGCCCUAACCAAUUGCAACAGGAGAGCAUGGCGAUGAGUGGUGGGACGGGGACGUUGAAGAAGGGGCACAAUCAUCAGCAGCAGGUGAUGGACGAGUUGAGGGUUUGACUCCACGAGCACCUCGUGAGUGCGGCUGAAC